AUGGGCUUUACUCCAGAGAAAGAAUCGUUGGAUGAAAAAUUCGAGCAAAUUUUCUUCGAGAUUCAGCAGCUAUUCGACUCGCCAAAGCGGAAAAGCGGACUUGACGAUCUGGACCAACUAGUGAAUGUUGCCUUGGACGAAGACCCUGAUAUUCUGAAGAAAUGGACUCCCACAGUGCUGCGUUUAUCUUCUCUGUGUCCGAUCGUAGAGGUCAAGGAGAGGAUGAAUCAAGUUCUCAACCGUUUACAGACAGGCGAAUUUCCAAGCCCCCGAAACGCAAGACCUAUCCCGACGAAAGACGAAAAGAAGCGCCGUCGUCUUUCCGGGCAAUGCAGCCUCGUACCUCACAGACUUUCGAAGGGGCCAUCCUUAUUUGUCACCGCCUUGCCUGAAAUCCCAAUUUUCGACGAAGAAUCGGAGCGACUCCUCCAGCAAGCAGAACAAGAUGAAAUAGACCGAGAGCGACUCGAUGUCGACAAACGAAGAUCGCUGGCUCUCCUAGAUCACUGGGACUUGUUUCAUCGUUUUGACCACUUGUCGCUGGUGACGUCGAUUCACACGAGCUACUUCGAACUGUGGGAUCAGUUCAUGCGAGAAUUGAUCAUGACCCCCACUGAUUCGGCGCUGACGAAGAUUGAGAGGGUUUAUAUCGCCAUUAUGGCGGUUUCUGCCCGAAAUUGCGAGUAUCUUUACCACAUGCUCCGAGAAGAGUUCCUCCACGAGAUCCAAUCCUGCCAGCCAACGACCAACUACCAUCGCUGGCUGGAAGAGGGCCUCACCGCUGUGCCAGAGCAGUAUCAGAAGCUGGCGGAACUAAACGAGUUACUGGCGAAUAAGCCGUGGAACGUCAAGGCCGAACAUAUCAAUGAUUUGACCACUGGAUUGACCAAGUUUUGGCGCGAUUCAGACCUGCUGACAGCGAUCAUAAUCAUGUCUUGGUUUCAUUGCCUUUCUGGCUUCUGCGCCGGCGUUGGAAUCCAGCCAGAGCUCGACUCCGAAGAAGGACACGGCUUCCGGCAGCCAUCAACAGCGCAGCAGAACGAAGGCGACAGCGACUCGAGCAACUCCGUCGACAAGGUCGAACACUUGAUCAAAAAUAUGAAGGCAUUCAACAGGAUUCGCACCGAAUCGCAGAGCAAGCCCGAUUUUGAUCCUGACCAUGACCGAGAACUUUCCGAAAACUCAUGGAAGCACCUGAAGAACAUGGGUUUAUCCGACACAGUCUUUUCCGACGACGAAGACGACGAAGAACUGCACGAUACUCCGCUCAAGCGCUUUCUGACAGCGAACAACAACAACAAAAAUCUCUCAGCGUCGCGAUACAACCACCCAAAAGACGUCGAACAGGCUUGCCUCCGACUCCAUGAGUACUGUUGGCGAUCGACGGCCAAUCGAGCUUGCAUGGGAAGCGCGUUUGAAGCAAUGUGCAGCGAGCUCCGAGUGAGCCAGAAUUUGAUCCAGCUGAUCGACGAGAAAUUCCAAAACAUCAGAAACUUGACGUAUCGCACCGUUGGCCCAAGACAAGAAGUAGACACGGAGAUCUUCAGAUCCGGCAUUUGGGACUACACGCAAUGCCUUUUGAGUAUUAUGUCUGACGACUGCCCCUAUCAUCAUUUGGAAAAACUUAUCGACGAUGAGAUGCGAGAUUAUCUGAAGAAUUUGGUCUUUCGGCCGAAGAGAGUCACCAAGGCGCAAUAUGACAACUUCUUGAGUGGACUUACUCAUGACGAAAAGGUACACGUGAAUCUUAUCAGCCUCGAAGCCCGCUUCCAAGCCGAGCUCAUGUUCUCGAUCCGAGCCUUUUCCGAAGCUUCCCGCCAACGCCGCUAA